AUGUUCAAAUUUUUUGUUUUCUUCACCUUAUGCUCUUAUUCUUUGGCAAUCAUUUGCAAAACGACAGUCCGUGAUGAAGUUCACCUCAAUCGGAUGGAAACGAUCGACUGCGGGUCGCGGUGCCAUUUUUGCAUGACCCAUAGAGAAAGUGCUCCUGGACAUCUAGUUAACGAAAUGGGAUGUGGUUGCGGACCUGAUGCUCUGCACAAACACGGCGGAUGGGAAGAGGAUACGGAAUGUUUGGCCGUCGGAUCUCUGACAACGAGAGAAGGCGGCUUCACCAUGCUUGACGUAUGCUGUACAAAAGAAAGUUGU